GGGAGGAGUCAGAACACCGCGGAAGCUGAGGAGGAAUGAGGCUUAAAGUUUAGAGCUUGAGUGUGACCUGUGAUUUUCAUAGGGAAUACCGUCAUUUAAUUGUUUUCUUAAUAGUUUAGUUUUUUUUUGUUUUGUUUUUUACUUGUGUGUGGGGGCACGUUUGUGUUUAGGGUUGUUUUAAAUCUUCAUAACCUUCGGUGCAUAAUGAAGAGACUGAUAGUGGCGCCAGUGCUUCUCAGUUUCCUGCUCUCAGAAGUGUUUUCGGUUCUGGUGACAGUGCCACAGGCGCAGUACAGCACAGGUCUCUUUGUCCCAGUCACGCUGCGCUGUGACUAUACCACUUCAGCUAACCCUCAGAAUGUGCUGGUCACCUGGCUCUUCAAGUCUUUCUGCAAAGACCCCGUGCUGGAUUACUACUCCACAGCCUACCAGGCAGCUCUGCAGAUGGGUCAGGACCCGUCCAAUGACUGCCCAGAUAGCCAGCGCACCGUCCGGACUGUGGCUCAGAAAUAUGGCACCAACGAGCCCUCACUAGGUCCACAGUACAGCGGGCGCAGAAUCACCAUCCAGAACAAGGCAGACCUGGUGAUCACCGAGGUGAAGUGGUGGGACAAUGGUGUCUAUGUGUGCUCUGUUGAUGCACCUGGAGAUACAAGUGGAUAUCCAAACAACUAUAUGAAGCUCAUUGUUUACAACUGGCUGACUGUAUUGUUCUUAAUCAUCGGGGCUAUCCUCCUUAUCAUCCUCUUUUGUGUUUGCUGCUGCCAGUGUUGCCCUCAGAGAUGUUGCUGUUAUGUCCGUUGCCCAUGCUGCCCACAAACCUGCUGCUGCCCUGAGAAAAUGGUGAUGCAGCACAGGAUGAUAAAGGAUGCCCAGAAGGCGAUGAGCUCCUGGGCUAGUGGGCAGCCGAUCUACGCACCACUGAGCUCUCACAGCUCUGCAUACCAAAUGAAUCCCAUGAUGUAUGCAGGUUCAGCAUCAGGAAAGUUCCCCAUGUCAUCCAUUCCUCCCAUGCACCUCCCACCUCCUGUCCAUCCUGGCCCAAUGCACAGCCCCAUGCCCAUGUCUAUGCAUGGCCCCAUGCCUGGACCUAUGCCAAUGCCCAGCAUGCAGGGCAGGGACAGUGCCAACAAAGUGCUGGAUUACCUGGAGAACCAGGUGAGAGACAUGGAUGUCACCAGCCCCGUGAUCCCACCUCCACCUGUGCACAUGGUCCACACUGUGCCCUUCUCCGCCGGCCCACCCAGCAUGCUUUCUGGGCUGGACGAUGGCCCUGCCUCCCGCCGGCACCACCCUACACACUCCAGUGGCUCUUCCAGCUACAAUCACCACCGCCAGCCUCCUCCAUCUAGACGUGGAAUGUCACGCAGUUACAGUCAGGAAGACGUGCUGGAUACCCGGAGCCAAGCGACUUAUCGGCCUCGCUCACGAUCCAGAGAGGACCUGCUGGAAAGCAGUAGAGGACACUGGGACUCUGCCAGUGACAGUAGCAGGAGAGCAGGUGGAUCUAGAGGUGGAGCUCGGGGUGGAGCCCGAGGCAGAGACUGGUCUGACCACCCACCCAGCUACAGCGAAUACGAGCCAGGCCAGAAACCGACAAGGCGGCCCUUCUCUGUUAAGAGCUCAGUGAGUGGUACGAGUGUAGUAAUCUGAAGCCUGUCUGCCUUCCACCAUUAUGGAGACUAUCCUGAAAGCAAGUGCCAAGGACAGCACUGCAUAGUGAUUAGUAUUUGAAGGUUUUUAUUUGAAGAAAUGUUACAUUGGGCUUGACCAACACUGCCUUGAAAGGCCUACUGCCCUAGUUCUAAAACUUCUAAAGAAUUUGAGUAUGUUAAAGAGAGUUUUUGUUUUGUUUUAGCUGUGUCAAUUUUUAUAUAUAUAAAAAACAUUAGAGCCCUUUUGCCAAUUUCAUCUCGUGGGCUCGGCUGUAUUUCAUGGCAGUGUAAAAUUCAGUGGCCUGAAUCCUGAGUCUGGAGAUUUUAUGAAUGUGGUUUAUAACAUGAAGCAGUUGCUCAGUUGCUAGUCCAUGAUGUAAUGCUCCUUUACCAGGUGUAUAGAAUGGAAGCUUAUAUAUACAGGUGCAUCUUUAAAAAUUAGAAUAUCGUGGAAAAGUUCAUAGUUUUCCAUAAUUUCAUCCAAAAUUGGAACUUUCAUAUAUUCAAGAUUCAUUACACAUAAAGUGAAAUAUUUCAAGCCUUUUUUGUUUUAUUCUUGAUGCUUAUAGCUCAUGGAUAUCAAAAAUCCAGUAUCUCAAAAUAUUAGAAAAAAGAAUGUAUAAUACAGAAAUAUCGACCUGAAAAGAGCUCUAAUCAGCUAAUUAACUCAAAACACCUGCAAAGGUUUCCUGAGGCUUUAAUCUCUCAGUCUGGUUCAGAACACACAACCACAAUCACGGGGAAGAUGGAAGUAAAUGUUGCAUUUCAUUUGGAAAUCAAGGUCCCAGAGUCUGGAGGAAAAGUGGAGAGGAACAGAAUCCAAGCUGCUUGAAGUCCAGUGUGAAGUUUCCACAGUCAGUGAUGAUUUGGGUUGCCAUGUCAUCUGCUGCUGUUGGUCCACUGUGUUUUCUCAAGUCGAGAGUCGAUGCAGUGUCUGCCAGGAGAUUUUAGAGCACUUCAUGCUUCCAUCUGCUGACGAGCUUUAUAGAGAUGCUGAUAUCCUUUUCCAGCAGGACUCAGCACCUGCCCACAGUGCCAAAACUACUAGUAACUGGUUUGCUGACCGCGGUGUUACUGUGCUUGAUCGUCCAGCCGACUCGUCUGACCCGAACCCCAUAUAGAGUCUAUGAGAGACACCAGACCCAACAAUACAGACGAGCUGAAGACCGCUAUCAAAGCGACCUGGGCUUCCAGAACACCUCAGCAGUGCCACACGCUGAUCGCCUCCAUGCCACGCCGCACUGAUGCAGUAAUUCAUGCAAAAGGAUUAAAACCCUGACCGAGUAUCAGUGCAUAAAUUAACAUACUUUUCAGAAGGUCGACAUUUCUGUAUUAGAACUUCUUUAUUCUAAUAUUUUGAGAUACUGGAUUUUUGAUUUCUGUGAGCUGUAAUGAUAAAGAUAAAAAAAGGCUUGAAAUAUUUCACUUUGUGAAAUGAAGCUGCAUCUAUCAAUGUAUAUGUAAACUAAUAUAUCAAUUUAUGAAUCUCCUGUGUGUGUGUGUGUGUGUGUGUGUGUGUGUGUGUGUGUAUUAUAAAUGUAUUUAUUUUUAAGCAUUUUCUUUUAAAAUGCCUCAGAAGCACACUGUAAAUGAAUAAAUGACUUCAAUAUAUGUUUUUCUUUGGUUAAUCUAUUGAAGAAGUGACUUGAAAAUGAAGGGAAACUAAUCGGUGAAUCCUUGGGCAUCUGUUCUUUACCUGUGUGUUUUUAUAGCUUUAUUUGUUCUUUACUUGUGUUUUGAUAGCUUUAUUUGUUCUUGUGUGUGAAUAAUUGUCUUAUUUUUAAUGAAUACAUAUUUUGCAUAUAAUAAUGAGUUGUCUGCCAUAAGCUGAGCAAAGAAAGUUAAAAAUGAAGAAGAAAAAUGUCUUACAAUUUUAAAAUUCUCAACAGAAGAAUGGUUUAUUAACAUGUAUGUGGUGAAAGGGUGCAUUUGUGAUUAGUCAUAUAAGCAUUGUCAGGUAUGUCUUUUAAUAAAGUUGUAAUUGAAUGUAUCGUC